GAGAGUUUAAUGAAUCGGUUACAGUAUGGCUAAAACCCUGCAGGGGUAUGUGGAGGUAUAAGUAUAAGGGCAGAGGACCUGUCACUGCAUGGACAAGAAGCAUGAUUCACAUUCCAACUAACUUUCUCUCUCCCCUACCAUAAAAGCUCAAAUAAUUAAUUCCAAACAUGGGUUACAAGAUCGCUGUUGUCCUGGGAUUGCUUUCACAGCUGCUGUCUGCCAGCGUUGUCUGCAACUCCUCUGCGGGAGCUUCCAAAGCCGACACUUGCGAGCCGACCCAACCGGGUGUGCCGUCCAACUGUGACAAGUUCCAUCUCGUCGCGUCCGGCGAUCAGUGCGAUACUAUUGAGGCCAAAUACGGCAUCACCCACGCUCAAUUCAAAGCCUGGAAUCCAAGUGUUAACUCGGCAUGCUCCAACCUCUGGCUAGACUAUUAUGUUUGCGUCCAUGUCCCGACCACCACGACAACGAGCUCGCCACCAGAUCCCACAUCUACUCCGGAGCCACUAAUGCCUGGUAUCGUGAAAGACUGUAAGAAGUUUUAUAAGGUCAAGUCGGGUGACAGCUGUUACUCGAUCGAUACUGCUGCGGGCAUCACCUUCGCCCAGUUCCGCGAGUGGAACACAAAGGUUGACGCGGGCUGCACUAAUUUGUGGGUGGACUACUACGUGUGCAUAGGCGUCUAGUUUAAGUCAUUCCUUAUGCCGAAGCAUGGGGCAUAGUCUCCUGUCUUUUGGUGCGCGGAUACAGAGAACGCUAUACGAUUAUUCUGAUUAGUUAAUCUAAUGGAUGGGCAUGGCAUUAAGGGAGUAUAUGCGUAUCAUAAAAUAAUUAAUGUGCCUAUGGUAUGCAUAUUGCGUGCGACAAAGCUAGAAAAAGUGUCUUAAGAGCAUAGGAUAUCUACUGAUAUGCUUCUUUUGGGGAUACACAGGGGAAACCAGUGAUACAAAUGAACGAUAUACUUUGUCUGAA